AAAUUGCAAAAAAAAAAAAAAAAAAAGGUAAAAGCCAUGACGAGAGCAAAAAGUUGAGAUCCUUUGGGUGCUCCCCUAUCUGAACUUCACCGAUCAACGACCUUUACCAACCACCGCUCCAGAAUAAACCCAGAAGACAAAAAAGAUGGGUGAAUCUCCUGAUCUCAUAAGCGAUCUACCUCAGAGCAUACUCGAGAACAUCCUCACUCACCUCUCCAUCAGAGACGCGAUCAGAACCAGCCUCCUAUCCACCAAAUGGAGAUACAAAUGGUCAACACUCACCGACCUCGCCUUCGACGAGAAAUGCGUCUCCCCUUCAACCGACCGGGCCCUUGUCGAGACCAAUCUCGUCAGAUUCAUAACCGGUGUCCUCCUCCUCCACCAAGGACCCAUCCACAAGUUCCACCUCUCCACCUCCUUCCUGCAAUGCCGCCCCGACAUCGACCAGUGGCUCCUCUUCCUCUCCAGGAACGGGAUCAAGGAGCUCGUCCUCGAGCUAGGAGAAGGAGAGUUCAGAGUCCCUUCUUGUCUCUUCCAAUGUCUGAAACUCACGCGUCUGGAGCUUUGCCACUGCGAGUUCGACCCUCCAAAGUCUUUCAACGGCUUCUCCUCUCUCAAGUCUCUUACCCUCCACCAGAUCCUAGUCUCCCCCGAGGCCAUUGAGAGUUUGAUCUCCGGAUGUCCGCUUCUCGAGUUCUUGUCUUUGUCUUACUUCGACAGCUUGGUGCUGAGCAUAUCGGCUCCGAAUCUCAUGUACUUGUAUCUAGACGGUGAGUUCAAGGAUAUUUUCCUGGAGAACACGCCGAAGCUGGUGGCGAUAUCGGUUUCUAUGUAUAUGCAUGAGGAUGUUGCUGACUUUGAGCAGAGUUCGGAUUAUAAUCUUGUUAAGUUCCUUGGUGGUGUGCCUCUUCUUGAGAAGCUUGUUGGUUAUAUCUACUUCACUAAGUAUUUGAGCGUAGGAGAUGACCCGGGAAGGCUUCCGAUUACUUACAUUCAUCUCAAGACUAUAGAACUUUACCAAGUGAGUUUUGAAGAUGCUAAUGAGGUACUUGUACUUCUUCGUUUGGUCACUCACUCUCCUAACCUCAAAGAGCUCAAAGUUUCGGCUUCACCGAUCCAGCUGUUUCCUCUAGAAGAAGAAAGUUUCGACCUUUUCGAAAGAGACUACUUCGAGUACAAACUCCCGAGGCUAGAAACGGUGAGGAUGACAGACGUUUCCGGGAUAAGGAAUGAGUUGGAGUUUAUAAGAUUCUUGAUGGGAACUUCACCAGUUCUGGAGACGGUCAUUGUAACAUCGAGUUUGUCAGAUAAAGAUGCGAGGAUGGAGAUGGUUGUGGAACUGCUCAGGUUCCCGCGUGUUUCUCCUCGAGCUCAGUUACUCUUCCUUCAAGAUUGAGUCUCUGUUUAACUCUCUCUCUCUCUCUCUCUCUCUCUCUCUGUAUGUUCAUUUGCCCAAUAAAGGGUUUUGAAAAUAAUUAGAUGGAUUUAAUGUAGUCUGACCAAAGAUGGAUGAUAAAAAAAAAGAGUUAAUAAUGGUUGCAGAGACUUUGUUAUACAGUUCAAAUCAUAAUAGCAAAAAAAUCAAACUUCAUUGA